UUUAUUGUCUUCCCUCUGCAGGUGAGGCGAUACAUUUAGCUCGUGAUUUUGGUUACGUGUGCGAGACAGAAUUCCCAGCCCGACAAGUCUCGGAGUACGUCUUGAGACAACAUUCAGAUCCAUCAGAUAUCCAGACGAGAAGACAAAUGGUGCUAGCGGCCAAACAAAUUACGAAAGAGCUACAGGACGUGUUAUGUCAGGAUCGUACCCCUAUUGGUAACACGCGACCACAGCCCAUCCUAGAGCCGUCCAUCCAGCGCUGUCUCACGCACUUUAGCCUCAUCUCACAUGGUUUCGGUACGCCGGCCCUAUCGGCGGCCUUCGCCACCUUGCAGAACUGCCUGACGGAGAUGCUCAAGUACAUCGAGAAGGCCUUUCCUAACAGUAUUCCCCCGCAUCCCACGACGCCAAGCUCCGGUGGCAACGUUGUCAACAAAAUGGACGGCAGCCCGUCGAAAGGUGACGACAAAAACGACAAUCGCGCAAAGGACAUUGUAUGAGGAAUAACUUUUCGAACAAAAGAAACCAAAAAAAGCGAAAAGGACGAACACUUCUCGGAUGUGGACAUAUUGUUAACACUUUGGACACCAGUGUCACACUACAUGAGGUGGCGUACAGGACUUAAUGGUGCCGAGGAUGUUCAAAAGACUCUUUGCAGCAGGAUGAGUUUUUUUCAACAGUUUCGGAGGCAGGGUUAAAUACAUUUUACAUUUAACAAAAUUAAGAUGGAAAUUAAAUGUGUUUAUAUAUAGUGUAUGAAAGAUGUCAGAGAAUUUUGUUUGAUGGAUUUUUGAAGAAAAAAAGAUAGAAGAUGUUGCUGUUGUUUUUCAGUUUCGGUUGACUGCCCAUCCCCCUGUACAAAGGUUAUUUGAUAUGGUAUAAUGUACAUAGAUGUCAUUCCUACGGUGGCCGUUUAAUGGCUUGCCAAUGGUAGUAACUUCAAGAUAAUCGCGGACAAGUGCAAAUCUGAAGACGGGCGGAAGGACGUCGCAAUUUUAUUUGCCUGUGUUCUUCCUUGGUAGCAUGCGCUGUGCUAGCGGGUUUAAACACUUCCUCAUCAUAGCCCCUUCUUGAUCAUGUGAUGAUCUUAACGUUGUUCAUGGAUUGUGAGAAUAUACGGGUUAAUAUGUAUUGUUAUAGCACAUAGCUAACUUAAUUCACGUUAACAACUCAACACUGGAACUUUGAACCAGGUAAAUGACAAUCAAACAAAGUAGUUUAAGUUUUUUUUUUGUAUUGGUUUUUUUUUUUUUUUACAUUGUGCUUAUUUCACAUCUAGCCCACCGAGAGCACGUGCUCAGAAAAGUCAAAAUUAAGUGCAAGUAAGCAAAAAUGUUUUUACGAUUUUUUAACAUGAUCCUGCGACAAGAAACAAAAGCAAACAAUUUUAAAACUAUAUAUCUACAUAAAUCAACCAAAGGUAUUUCGAGGAUGUGUGCCUGUGUGUAUUACAAAAUGCUUGUCAAACUUAUGAAUUAUCUCGAUUAUUUCAUUCAAUUAUUUUAAUCAUGUUCCUGCGUUAAUCCAUGAAUCAAUGACAUGAAGCUGAUCUUGGGGUUUACAAGGAAUAAUAAGCAAGAUUUGCCCACCUAUCUAUGUGCCAAAAAAAAUAAAGUAUUGUAUUCGUGUUAUAUGACAAGAUUAUGUUUAGGUUGUUUAAGAUUAUCAGAAAUAUUUUACAGAAGCAUGACAAUCAUUCUGUUCUUUUCGCUUUUACAAGCAUCUCAACGCUGUAUUCAACGGGAACGGAAAAUAUCAGUGAGAUUUAGAUAUGCGUAGUGGGUCGAUGAAAUGUGAAUCUAUAUUAUUGUGUUCAAUUUCUCUAAAGUAUAAAGGAAAACAGUUACGAUACGCCUGAUACAAGAAUAUAACAACGGGAAUUUUGAUUCGAGGAUGUUUCUUUCGAAAUGAUGUAAGUGAAUUUAAGCUAUUGACAAUCAAUUUUUGUUUUACUGGUGUAGAAAAUGUACAUAAUUUUCAGAUUGCUAUGGGAGUACUACUCCCAAGUUAAGUGUUAGGUAUCAGUGGAAAUAACAAAGUGUUUUAUUUUGAAGUAACAGUCGUGCAAAGCGUGUGUUUUAAUAACCUGUUUGAGUUAACAUAAUGCGAUGAGGUGGAAUAGCCCUUUUUCCUUUCAUUCCUCUCAUAAAAUUCAUCAGAGUAUAUCAAGGUGACUACAACAGAUCAGAUCAGAUAAGGUUAAGCUGUCUAAAAAAUCGUCUUUUGAGAAGCAUCUUGGAUUUAAAUAUUUAUUAUUCCAGUAAGAACCGGUGACAUUAUAUCCAAAUAAGAAUACAUCUUUUCUUGUUUAUCUCGAGACAUUCGGUAUCCCCUGUGAAGGGCAUUACACCUUAUCCAAUUCUUUGGAAUUUCGCAGUUCACUGUUAUCAUGGAGCGUGUAAUUGCGUAGUCAUAUUCCAUUUCUCUUCGACACGAGAAUGUUUGGAUUAAGUUCAGAUAUGGGGGAAACACGUUGGUGGGAAUGGAGUUUUGUCGUAUCGUAUCGUUUGAUUGUGAAUGUUUGAACACAACCAUACUACACAGAACUGUGUUUCGUCCCCUUGUUAGUGCUUAAUAUCCAUGUUCCUAUAUUUCCCCAAUGUCUUCAAUUUACUCAUCUUUAUUUCUCCGAUAUGAUGUGUCAGGUAUGAGAUAAAUUGGACAUCUUGACUGUUCUAUGCAACAAGAUAUAUAUAAUAAUGAAAUGGGUCUGACAACGAUUCAUAAUAUGAUCGAAUUGGCCACUCUCUAAGAAAGAAAUACAUUUGUCUUACCGUCCUGUAAAAAGAAGGCCUAUCUUUGAUAUAUUUUUUAAAGAAUUACAUUAUCGGCUUAUCAUAUUCAUAUGAUAAUGAAAACGAGGGAGCAUUGUUAAUAAUUUUGUCCAAAUAUUAGCACUGACUAGUGGCUCCGUAACGAGACUACAAAUUUUUGACCAAAGAGGGCAGUCAAUAUAAUUUCAUUUAAUUUCUAAUCACAAGAAAAUACAGUUCAAUGUGUUCUUGUUUUAUGUGGUGUUUGUUCUGUUUGUGUUUUAUAUCUGGUCCAGUGUCUCUUUUAUAUGGCUGGACAAUAAUAUUUAGCAAACUUCGUUUGAUAGACAGAACUUUGUAUAGAUAAUUGCAGAUGAUCUGGUUGUUCUACUGUUGAAUGGUCUCGUAAACUGCCAAAGUGUUAUUAUCGAAUGCAAAAAGAGAGCACGUGUCUUUUUUAAAUGUACCCACCGAAAGACCGAAUCGAGUCAUGUGACUUCCAAAUAUGGCGGCUGAUUGCGGUUCAUCUCAGUAUUUCUUUCGAAGACACAAUAAAAUAGGACGAGCAGUUUCUGAUUUUAAAUAUUCACUAUGUUUACAAUUAUAUUUCUACAUAUGACAAUUUAUUUAAGCAGCACUUCGUGUGGCCGGUUUAAGCUUUGAAACUUACUAUUUUAGAGCGGAAAGUAUAUGGAUAUUCGUUUUAUUCUUCUUACAAUUUUUUUCUUACUUCUGCAUGUUUUCCAAAUCAAAUUAUUUUAAUCUCACCCCCAUACCCAAAUAAGUGGUUAGAAUGACUAAAUCUUGUUUUUAUUAUCUGUUUGUUUUGUCACAAAGAAAAAUAUUAACUUGGCUUAUUUCUAGGUUACAUAUUUCCUUUGAGUAAGUCACUAUGAAUAUAUUUUCCUUUGAUUCCAUUAUGAAAUUCAAUUUCAAAAGGAAUAUUAAGAAGACAUAUUGUCAACCAUCCUUCAUGUUGAACUGAAACGAAUGACGGGUAGGAAAUGGUUAUAUCAUACGAAAUAUUGUUGAUUUUUAUUAAUUUCAGCUUUUACAGUACAAUGAAUUAUUCAAAGGUUAGAUGGAAAUAGUGAAGAUGAAAAUACAUUAUGAAUUUGUACAUGAAGAUGAAAGAAAAAUGUUUGUUCACGUUGAAUAUCCGUAUGUCCUAUUCUUUUAGUACCUGUCAUUAUUGCUAUUCAUAAUAUCAACAUAAAUUGCUUUGUUUUAGGCCUACUAUUGAAUGUACUCUGCAUGCUUGCUUUAAGCAUUCUUCGCUUUUCCACACGAAACCAAAGUCCCUUUUUGUUUUCAUUUGAGUCUUCAUUUUACUCAAGAAACAAUUUGAAUUCAAGUAAAACCCCAAACUAUCGUUUAAAAUAAAAGAAAUUGUAAUAAAAUGCUUUUGAGUACUUAUGUAAUUGCAUUUUUUGUUAUUGUGCAUGAGCAGUGUGUCUGCCAAGCGUCACUCUAUGUUUGCAUGAACUUUCGCCUAGAAUGUUAAAUAGAUUAUCGUCUUUCUCUCACGAGUUCAUCGGCAUUGAAUGAUUCGAAAAGAUGUCUGUUUGAAACAAAUUACUACUGAAUGGGAAAACGAUAUAUGUCUUAUUUUUCCAUCAAGGGAACGUGUUUAAUUUUUUUUUCAUGGUUAAACAAGUAUUGCGCGUGAACAAUCGGUUAUUUUACGCGCAAACUUAUACAUCAACCUAAAUCAGUAUUCAACCUAAUGUAGUGAUUUGACGAUCUAAUUUUGCUGGUCCCUCUGCGGAUCCAUUAUCAAUGACUGUAGAGGUAUCAGCAAAAUAGUUCGACUGCGUCUCCUUUGUGUUAUGCUAAUUUUUAUAACGCUCUUUCAUUCUGUUGUUUCACGUCACUGCAAAAACUACGGUGUUUUAAUAACACCAGUCGGUGUUUUUAGUGUACCAAACCAUCUGGUGUUAAAAUACACCAUAUAAUUUUACCAUAACACCACAUAGUGAUGAAAUAAUAAACAGGGUGUGUUAUAAUACUAAUGGGUGUCGAAGUAACACCGCGAAUUUUAACACUUAAGCAACAUGCUUCGUGCGGUCUUGGUAGAGCGCCAAUUGCUGUAGUUUGAACACCGUUGUUUUUGCAGUGGGUAUAUCUUCGAUUUUAUGUGCUCUCAAGUUGUAUGUCUUUAAAUUUUGGAAGAAAAACAAAGUGGUGGAUUUGAUCAUAUUUUGGGGUCAUCGAAUUUGCUUCUGUGGUAUUAAAUGAAUACUCGGUGAGUUCGGUGAUCGCCGUUCUGAUUCUGUUGUAUUCAGAUAUGAGGUUGAUCAUUAUUAUUGUGUUGAGCGACAGAUAUGUCUAGUAGUUUGUAAACAUUUUCUGUAGAUUAUUAUGAGUUGAAACCUAUCUGAGGAAAGAUAUCGUAAAUAAAAUUCGAAAACCGA